UGGUCCAACCUUUCAAUGGAAGAAACGGAAGAACCGCAAGUACCGGUGGGAGAGCUUGUGAAUGACAAGCCGAGGAAACGAGCAGGUUCCAAGAAAAGAAAGUGCUCCAUUACCGAGACGUCCCCCGAGAGCAAUAACAACGCCAAACGGCCUCCGCUGCGAAGAGGAAGCUCCUUCACUUUCCUCACCCCAGGGCCGCAGUGGGACUUCAGCCUGAAGAGGAAGCGGAAAGACAAGGACGAGGAUGCUGUCAGUCUUUGCAGCUUUGACUUCAAGGAACCCAGUAACAAGCGUGUGCGACCAUUGGGCAGGGUGACGUCGCUUGCCAAUCUCAUCUCCCCCGUGAGGAGCGGGGCUGUCAGGCGCUUCGGGCAGACCAUCCAGUCCAUCUCCUUCCGGGGCGAUGGCAAGUCCCCCGGGGUGCCCCAGAAGCCCUGCAGUAAGGCAGCGGCGCCCACGCCCCCAAAGAGGAGGAACAGCACGCUGUGGUCGGAAACACUUGACGUGCACCAGAAGGGCACCUUCUCCACCAAGGAGAUCAAGCGACAAGAGGCUAUAUUCGAACUCUCCCGGGGGGAGCAGGACCUGAUUGAGGACCUCCAGCUCGCACGAAAGGCAUACCACGACCCCAUGCUGAAGCUAUCAAUCAUGUCAGAGGAGGAGCUGACGCACAUAUUCGGGGAUCUGGACGCAUACAUCCCAUUGCACGAAGAUCUGCUGGCACAGCUGGCCAAGGCGACCGGGCCCGACGGUACCGUGGGACAGAUCGGGCAGAUCGUCGUGAGCUGGCUACCCGGCCUGAACGCCUACCGCGACUACUGCAGCAACCAGCUGGCGGCCAAGGCGCUGCUGGACCAGAAGAAGCAGGACCGGCGGGUGCAGGACUUCCUGCAGCGCUGCCUGGAGUCGCCCUUCAGCCGCAAGCUGGACCUGUGGAGCUUCCUGGACGUCCCGCGCUCACGGCUCGUCAAGUACCCGCUGCUGCUGAAGGAGAUCCUGCGGCACACCCCCGCCGAGCACCCCGACGUGCCCGACCUGGAGCGCGCGAUCUCCAUCAUCCAGGACGUCCUUUCGGACAUCAACACGAAGAAAGGCGAGUCGGAGUGCCAGUACUACAUGGACAAGCUGGAGUACCUGGAGGAGAGGCAGAGAGACCCGCGUAUCGACCACUGCAAGACCCUGCUUUGCCAUGGGGAGCUUCGUAACAAGAGCGGCACGAAGCUACAUGUGUUCCUCUUCACUGAGGUGCUGGUCCUGACCCGUCCCGUGACCCGAAACGAGCGCCACUGCUUCCAGGUGUACCGGCAGCCCAUCCCGGUGCAGGACCUGGUUCUGGAGGACCUCCCCGAUGGGGAGGUGCGCAUGGGCGGGUCCUUCAGGGGGGCCUUCAGCAACGGCGACAAAGCAAAGAACGUCUUCCGCGUGCGGUUCCAGGACGCGUCCCAGGGCCAGUCGCACACGCUGCAGGGCAACGACGUCUUUCACAAGCAGCAGUGGCUCAACUGCCUCCGCAGUGCCAUCGGCGCAGUCUCCCCCGCCCAGCAGGGGGCGCCGGACCCAGAGCCCGCAAGGCCCGCCGAGGAGCCCGGCCACAGGCGGCGCCCCUCUACCGUGUCCGCCAUCGUCCACAUGGAGGAGGACGGCGAGAACUGCCCGCAGGGCGGCGACUCCGCCCCAGGCUCACCCACGGUGGAGGAGCCGAGCGCACAGACUGUAGCGGCGGCGGGCAAGACGCCCCCGCCCUCAACCACCAGCUCCCCAACGUCCACCUCCCCGCCCCACAAAACCAAAAAGGAGAAGAAGUCCCGGCGCUCACUGGGGAAGAGGAAGGAGACCAUGGUGUGAGCCCAGGCGCCCGGCAGGGGCCUCGGGGACGGACUUGUACAUACGUACGUGUGUCUGACUGUGUUUCCUCAGCAGUGUUCUGUGUUACUGUCCACAAUGGCAGCUACUCCGCUCCGCAGUGGAGCUCGGCGUGUUCUGUACACGGUGUCCUGGAGGUGGGGGUCGGUGCGCGCCCCUCCAGGGAAUGAUUACACGCACACAUCCAGUGGUGUUUACCCCACAGUCUGGCAUUAAUGUGUUAUUUUAUUUUUACGCAAAGUUUUGUAAUUUGUUUUUAAUAUUCUCCGAUAGAUACAUUACUGUAGCUCUUUUUGUUUGUAUUAAAACCAGCACUGUGUUAGAUUUUAGAGGAAGUAUUUAAAAACUGCGGGGAGUAUUUAGGAGCUUUUACAACAGUAAAGACUAUUGAUUAUGUGGGGUAAAAAAAGACGAUUCAUAUAUUGUAAAACGAAAUUCGUAGUUAAGACAAGUCUUAAUUUGUACAUUCCUCACUGACAGAUUUUUGUCCUGCCAAGCCCCAAUGAAUUUCCUGUAGUCGUCAAAUUUUUCCAUGAGGCAUCAAAUUAAACCCGAAUGUAUUUAGUUUUCUAAAAAAGCAAGAAGUUGACAUUUUCUACACAAGUAGCCAGUGUCAUUUAAAAAAAAAAGUUAAUUUUUUACACCUGUAAAAUACAAACUGAGCCAUGUUGGCUUCAAGCCGACUAAUGAAACGGAUCACUUUUCAGUGUAGCAUCUUGCAUGAGACUUGUGCUGAAAUGGUGAGGGCGCCUUCGCGCUCUCUCAGGCUACCGAGGGGCGGGCAGAGGCCGUGUAAAUAUGUCAGAGGCUGAGGAAGGUCGUACGUCAAGUUGUCUGAGGGUUCGAGGGACUUGUGGGGAAAAGAGGGCAACAGUUGGAAACGCUGGAAAGAAGAUGGAUGGGUCUGACGCAAGGCCUCCACUGCUCUGGAGGGAACGGUGGAGCAGCGGUCGCGGUGGAGCA